GUAGAAACCAUCCCCACCAAUCAAACGUUAAGGGAAGGGAAGGACAGGCUGUGAUUGGCUGAUCGAGCGGCAUUUGCGGCAGUGUCGUCACUGGUAACCAUAGAGUCUGGGCGGUUGGGAGAGAGAUACCGGGUCUCGCGUGGAGUGAGCGGCUAACCUUUACGUGGAUCAGACAGAGUGAAGGACAAGGUGAGAGACCGGUCAGGGCAGGACAGAGCGGCUACCCUGAGCGAGAUAAUAUGGGCAUAGUGAGAGAGGGGGCGCUCUGACCGCCAUGGGAGGGGAGAGGGGGAAGGGGGUCUGCUGGUUACUAGGUGACCUCUAUAAUACCAUGUACUGUGUAUGGCUGAACCCCCCCUAUAAUACCAUGUACUGUGUAUGGCUGACCCCCCCUAUAAUACCAUGUACUGUGUAUGGCUGACCCCCCCUAUAAUACCAUGUACUGUGUAUGGCUGACCCCGAUUGGAUAGUAUGAGCGAGAUAAUAUGGGCAUAGUGAGGGGCGCUCUGACUGCCCAUGGGAGGGAGAGAGGGGAAGGGGUCUGGUACUGCUGGUUACUAGGUGACUUAUACUGUACUCAUGUACUGUGUAUGGCUGAACCCCCUAUAAUGUACUGUGUAUGGCUGACCCUAUAAUACCUAUAAUACCAUGUACUGUGUAUGGCUGACCCCCUAUAAUACUACUCAUGUACUGUGUAUGUAUUGACCCCCUAUAAUACCAUGUACUGUGUAUGGCUGAACCCCCUAUAAUACCACCCCUAUAAUACACGUACCGUGUAUUGACCCCCUAUAAUACCACGUACUGUGUAUGGCUGACCCCCCACGUACUGUGUAUGGCUGAACCCCCUAUAAUACCAUGCACUGUGUAUAUUGAACCUCUAUAAUACCAUGUACUGUGACCCCUAUAAUACCAUGUACCCAUGGCUAAGGACCCCUAUAUAAUACCAUGCACUGUGUAUGGCUGACCCUCUAUAUAAUACCAUGCACUGUGUAUGGCUGACCCCUAUAAUACCAUGCACUGUGUAAGGCUGACUUCUUAUAAUACCAUGCACUGUGUAUGGCUGACCCUCUUAUAAUACCAUGCACUGUGUAUGGCUGACCCCCUAUAAUACUAUGCACUGUGUAUGGUGACCCCUAUAAUACCAUACUCUGUGUAUAUUGACCUCUAUAAUACCAUGUACUGUGUAUGUAUUGACAUGUGCACUGUGUAUAUUACUCUCUAAUACCAUGCACUGUAUGGCUGACUAUCCCCUAUAAUACCAUGCACUGUGUAUGGCUGACCCCUAUAAUACCAUGCACUGUGUAUGGCUGACUUCCCCAUAAUACUCAUGCACUGUGUAUGUAUUGGACCCAUGCCUGUGUGUAUUGACCCCCAUAAUACCAUGCACUGUGUAUGGCUGACCCCUAUAAAUACCAUGCUGCACUGUGUAUGGCUGACCCCCUAUAAUACUACAUGCACUGUGUAUGUAUUGACCCCUAUAAUACCACAUGCACUGUGUAUGUAUUGACCCCCUAUAAUACCAUGCACUGUGUAUGGUUGACCCCCUAUAAUACCAUGCACUGUGUAUAUUGACCCCAUAAUACCAUGUACUGUGUAUAUUGGAUAUGGCUGACACUCCCCCUCUAUAAUACCAUGUACUGUGUAUAGCUUGGAUAUGGAUGACUCUAUAAUACCAUGUACUGUGUAUGGUCGACUUCCCCCACCCCUCACCUCCUCAUAAUACCAUGUACUGUGUAUGGUUGGGAUAUGGCAACACCCCUAUAAUACUACAUGUACUGUAUAUGGUUGGGAUAUGGCUGACCUAUAAUACUCAUGUACUGUAUAUGGUUGGGAUAUGGUUGACCCCCUAUAAUACUACGUACUGUGUAUAGCUGGAUAUGGCUGACCCCCUAUAAUACCAUGUACUGUGUAUAGAUGGGAUAUGGCUGACCCCCCUAUAAUACCAUGUACUGUGUAUAGCUGGGAUAUGGCUGACCCCCCUAUAAUACCAUGUACUGUAUAUGGCUGGGAUAUGGCUGACCCCCCUAUAAUACCAUGUACUGGAUAUGGCUGACCCCCCUAUAAUACCAUGUACUGGAUAUGGCUGACCCCCCUAUAAUACCAUGUACUGUGUAUAGCUGGGAUAUGGCUGACCCCCCCUAUAAUACCAUAUACUGUGUAUGGCUGGGAUAUGGCUGACCCCCUAUAAUACCAUAUACUGUGUAUGGCUGGGAUAUGGCUGACCCCCUAUAAUACCAUGUACUGUGUAUGGCUGGGAUAUGGCUGACCCCCCUAUAAUACCAUGUACUGUGUAUGGCUGGGAUAUGGCUGACCCCCCUAUAAUACCAUGUACUGUGUAUAGCUGGGAUAUGGCUGACCCCCCUAUAAUACCAUGUAUUGUGUAUAGCUGGGAUAUGGCUGACCCCCCUAUAAUACCAUAUACUGUGUAUGGCUGGGAUAUGGCUGACCCCCUAUAAUACCAUGUACUGUGUAUGGCUGGGAUAUGGCUGACCCCCCUAUAAUACCAUGUACUGUGUAUGGCUGGGAUAUGGCUGACCCCCCUAUAAUACCAUGUACUGUGUAUAGCUGGGAUAUGGCUGACCCCCCUAUAAUACCAUGUAUUGUGUAUAGCUGGGAUAUGGCUGACCCCCUAUAAUACCAUAUACUGUGUAAAGCUGGGAUAUGGCUGACACCUAUAAUACCAUGUGUUCUGUAUAGCAGAGAGUCAGAGCUUGGAAAUGGGUGACUGCUAUAAUGCCAUAUAUACUGUGUGUAGCAGAGGAUGACCUGUGGCCCCCAGCAGUUGUAUAGCUAUACCACCUAUCAUGCUUGUUUAGACUGGCUGUUUUAGUUGCUGUAGCUCAUGGCCUGUUUUUCCUUAAUAUGCAACCAGUUAGGUAGCUCCCAUUAGCAUCCCAGUUGUUCAUCAUAGAUAAUGACAUAACAUUACAGAUGCCUAAAUUCCAUUAUCUGUAAGUGUGAAAGGCAUGGCUAUGUCAUGGUUACUCACUCUUGGUUUAAAAAAACAAAAAACAAAAAAAAAACUUUAUCUGAGUGCUGAAGAUAUAAUGGACACUUUGCCAUGCAAUUUAGGCAUUCAAUGGGUUAAGAGAAUGUCACCUUCAAUGUGGAGUUUUAUAGGAGUUUUAGUUAAAACAGUAGCCAUAGGGCUAUUGCCUGCUUACUUAUACAACUGCUCAAAAUAGCUGGUAACUGAGGUCAGAAUAUCCUAUGUUGUGUUGAGCAUUUUGUUACAGAGUGUUCUGUGAGGCUGUCACAUGCCCCACUUCUCACUAUGUAGACUAUCAUUGCCAGAUGUUGGCCAUCUUUGGACAAGUCAUUUGUUUUCCUUCAGAGGGGGUACUGUGCCAAAGUCUUGAAAUCCCACAUUGACUGCUAUUUAUUUGAGACCUGUUGAAAUGUACUCUCAAAGUUGGAGUUGACUUUUUUUUUCUUUUUUCCUCCUAGUGUGUGUGUGUGUGUGUGUGUGUGUGUGUGUGUGUGUGUGUGUUGAAAAUGAAAGGAAACCUACUGCUUUUUUGAAUUACGCUACUUAAGAUAAUCGAAGGCAUGACCAUGGUAUACUCUCUCUCGUAGAAGGUAGAUUGAAAUAUACAAGGUGUAUGGUGGUAUGCCCAUGCCAUCAGAGCUUGUAUGGCCAAAGGAAUCUAUAGCUCUACUUAUUCGGCAUCUUGAGUUCCUGGAGGUGCUCCCUUAUUAUGAAUUUGUGAUAAACCUGAACAAUAUAGGGCAUUAUAACUACUAUAUAGUUCUGAACAAGGUACUGUUAGCACUGAUUUAUGAUAAGGAUAGACCAGGCAGUAAUCCAAGAAAACAUACUGUAAUAGCCUCUCCACAAUGAGAUUUCACAAUUCGAUGGCUUGCUAAAAUGAAUAUAAGUUUAGUGUAUGUUUGUGGCUUUUUUUUUUUUUUUUCCUUCCCUCCCUCCCUCCCCACCCAGUGCAGAGCAUGUCUGCUCGUCAAUACUUGUAGUAACAUUAAAUCCAAUUCAGGCAAAGCACUGUGUAAUGGGGAAUGCUCCUAGUAACCACCCAUAUCCCUCAACAAAGGAACACGGUACAAGUAAUAAAGACAAAUUACUUUCUCACUUGCCACAUGCGAAAAUGACAGCUAAAUGGGAAGGAGUCCCCCUUUUUUUUUUUUUUUUAAGGGGGGGAAAUACUUUUUGGGAGGACCAAUCUACAUUAUUUGUGAAAUGCAACAUAUAGCUGUAUUUGAACAUGGGCAAGGUGUAGAAAUCUGUGCAGUAAUAUAUACACAAUGUGAAAUAAAAACAAAUCUGAAAAGGUAAUGCAGCAUUCGAGAUAUACAUCACCUUUCCCAGUCUUGGAUAAUACAGUGAAAGGGCCUUGGAACAAUGGCUUCUAAAUAGACUUUUCCCUGCCAUCCAGUAGUGAAUGUAUAACUUUUAAUGUUCAGUAAUAACAAUUUUUUUUGCUUUGUAGAGCAUAAGAGCAACAGAUGCGAUAAACGUGUAAACAGGUUGUAGUAUCUGUCUACUUUUUCCACUAUAAACUCUUCAGUUGUGUUUGCUAGUUGCAAUCACAAAGAUGCUAGUUCCCCUUUAAGACCGAAAGAAGCUAGUGGAGCAUUAAGACAUUUGUAAUGGCAAAAACUGCCAUUUAUUGAGAUUUAACAAAUUGGCAUUGUACGUUUUAUUGGCAUUGGCAUUGUACGUUUUAUGUAGUUUGCACAAUAACCCAUAUCACUCUACGAAUUCUUAUUGGUAGCACCAAAGCUAUGAUUGACAUAAACCCUUUUUGACAUUUUCCUGUUUUUUUUUUUUUGUUUUUUUUUCUCCCAAUGUUUUCAUUCCACACAGAUAUAGCAGAAGACAUGUGUGACCCAGAGAAAGGCAAGAAGAUUUUUGUUCAGAAAUGUGCACAAUGUCACACAGUGGAAAAAAAUGGAAAGCAUAAGGUGGGACCAAACCUUUGGGGUCUAUUUGGUCGUAAAACUGGCCAAGCACCAGGAUUUUCUUACACAGAUGCAAACAAAAGUAAAGGUAAGCCAACUAAGAUUGUGUUAAAUGGGAUUUAAAUGUUUGAGAGCAAACAUUGCUCUCAAACAUUUAAAUCCCAUUUAACCCCCCCCCCCUUCGGCUGUCUAACAGCCUGGAAGGAUUCCUACCUACUUCUGUUGGUACCCCUGAGCGAAGGGAAGUGGCAGGCAUGCUCUAUGGGAGACUUCAGAUCAGCUCCUCUUCUGCAGAAGUGCACACCCAACAUGGUGCAUGUGCUGGGAAGCCUCUUACUGGUUAUUUCCCCGUGCAGAGACUGUAAGCCCUCUCCCUUUCUACCGAUGUACCCCAAGGAGUCUUUUAAAGGCUGCAGUCUAAAGAACUGCAGCUUUUGUAAGCUCUUUUAGACUAUACUCCCAGUGAAUACAUAGAUGAAAAUACUUAACUGAUUUAAAAGGAGAAUACAAAGCGGACUUGCACAGCUAGCGUGAAUAAAAAUAAUUUCAUUUUCAAUCAGAUGUUAACUAAAUUUAUUUUUUUCCUGUUCUGUAAAUUGAGUUUUAAUCACACACACGAGGCUCCUACAGUGUGAAGAUGACUGUUAACAGAGCAGAAUUGUUAUAGGUUUGCAUAAACAAAAGGGAUUUAACUCCUAAACCAUUGAGAAUUUAGCAGUUGGAUUAUAGGGACAUGAUCUAUACAUCAAAACUGGUUGGUUUCUAUAGUGUUGCUUUUUAAAUAUAUGGAUAUUCCUCUUUAAAUCAAAACAUACCUUUUUGAGACACAGGACUCCAGGAUCCAGCUCUUUCAAUAUUGUUAUCUUUUCCAUUUAAGAUGGAGUGUAAUACAUGAGUCGACCAGUUGUAUCAUUCUGUAAAUGAUUUAUUACAGGCGUAAAGUGUUUUAAACUUAACCAAAAAAUGCAUCUGUAUUUUGUUUUGUUUUACAUAGGUAUUGUGUGGACGGAAGACACUCUUCUUGAAUAUUUGGAGAACCCCAAGAAAUAUAUACCAGGAACAAAAAUGAUUUUUGCUGGAAUUAAAAAGAAGUCUGAGCGGUGUGAUCUCAUUGCGUAUUUAAAGAAAGCAACAUCUGAAUGAUAGUUGUGUAAUGGAACCAUGUUACUCUUUUAACUUAAAAAAAAUGCCAUCCAUUGCCUGCUGGUUCUUCUACAUGUUGGAUUCUGUGUUAGUGCUCAUCUACUAAACAAAUAUUUAAUAAAAAGAAAUGUUGGAGAGGGAUGCAGACUAUUAAAUAGAUUGGGCUUGUGUUUGUGGCUGUUUUUAUCAGGAAAUCAAAAUACUCUGCUUUUAUUUAGACUUUGCAUAACAAGUUCCUCUAAACUACACUGUAUCUGUUAUAGCCAGUGGUAUUUAAUAUACGGAAGUUUAAUGUCUCUUUUCAUUCUUUGUUUUUCAUUAAUUCUGCAAACUUGCAAUAUUAUACUUAGGGUCGUAUCAGUUAUCAAUUACGUUUUUGCUAAUAAAUUUAAUGUAG